AAUGUUCUUUACCUAGACACAGGUUCGAAUGAUCUCUUUUUCUCAAAAGAUGGUGGUGCUCAUUUCACUCAGGUUGAUACUGAAGGCAUAAAGAUCAAAUAUCUAGUUCCACAUGCUUUUAAACCUAGUCAUGCUUAUGCUAUUUCUGAUGACUUGACUCACUUUAAAACAGUCUCAUCAGGUCUUGUAUGGAAAAAAUUCACAUCUCCAGAAAGUCCAGCAUUAGAGUCUAUCCCUUCAUUAACGUCAAAACAUUAUCCGAUUAGUUUCCAUGGCCAAAGAUCUGAAUUUGGGAUUUUUGCAGGUCGUUGCUCUUCAGAUGCUUCAAGCGCUGAUGUUCCUUGUGAAAGACAAUACUAUUAUACCAAAGAUAAUUUUGACAGUCUGGAGAAGUUGACAAAAGCCCAUGCUUGUAUAUUUGCAGAUUCGGCACCAAAUAUUGAUGCUAAUCAAGGUGACGAAUUGGUUACUUGUAUCGUUGAUGGUGGUGAAGGUACCUCCUUGACUUUGGCUAGAUCAACUGAUUGGUUUGGUACAAAAUCAUUUGCCACGUACAAAGGUGGAUUGAUCACAGAUGUUUCCAAGAUUGGCUCAAGCUCACAUUAUUUGGUAGCUAUUGGUUCUCAUUUGAGUGACAGAACUACUAGUAACGUUUAUGUGUCCUAUAAUGGGUAUGAUUGGGAUAAGGUUGAAUUUCCGACUGGGACAGAGCUUUCAAGUGGGUUCACGAUUGUUGAAACAACAGAUAAUUCCUUAUUUGUUGAUGUCUCUUAUCCAAACACCAAGUCAGUUGGUCAAUUGUUUACCUCCAUUGGGUUGAAUGGCUCUUAUUUCACUAAAUCGUUAGAUUAUACACAUCGGGAUGAAUUUGGAAAUGUGGACUAUGAGGUUGUUGAGAGUAUCGAUGGUAUUGUUUUAGCCAAUGUUGUUGAAAACGGUAAAAAAGUAUUGGAAGGUGAGACUUCAAAGGUUCUUAAAUCUAAAAUUUCAUUUGAUCAAGGACUUACUUGGAAACAUUUACAAUCUGACGGACAACCAUUACAUCUUCAUUCACUUGUUAAUAGAGCCUCAAAAAAUGCUGAAGCACCAGGUAAAUAUUUCUCAUCUCCUGUUCCAGGUAUUUUGAUUGGUGUUGGUAAUACGGGGUCGUCUUUGAAUGCCUAUGAAAGCUGUGAUACUUACAUGUCAAGAGACGCCGGACUAACAUGGACUCAAAUACUGAAUGGUCCACAUUUGUUUGAGUUUGGUGACCAAGGUACAAUCAUUAUUGCCAUAGAAGACGAUGCCGAUGUCAAUUCGUUAAAAUUUACAACAAAUCAGGGAAAAACUUGGCAACAAGUAUCUUUAGAUUCAACAAUAAGGGCAAAACUGUUAACAACUACACCUGACUCUACAACCUUCAAAUUUUUGCUCGGUGGUGUCUCUUCAAAUGGGCAGUAUAAAACAUAUGGGCUAGAUUUUGAUGGAAUAUAUGAAAAUAAGUGCGGUGAUUCUGAUUACGAGGAUUGGUUUGUUAAGGGACCUGAAUUCAAUCAACCAUUGUGUUUCAUGGGUCAUAAGCAGAAAUUCAAAAGAAGAAUUCGUGAUGCUAAUUGCUAUGUUGGUAAUGAAUAUAGAGAACCAGUUGCCGUUGAAGAUAGUUGUCCAUGUACAGAAUCAGAUUACGUUUGUUCAUAUAACUUCAAAAGAGACUCAAACGGUAAAUGUGUUCCCGCUGUUCAAGGAUUGACUCCAGAAAAUGUUAAAGCCAACUCCUGUGUUGAUAACGCUCAGACGUACUUUGAGCCAGUUCCUUAUACCUUGAGACCAGGAUCCAAGUGUUCUUUAACUGGUGGAUUAAACUUAGCUGUCACAGUAGAGAAGAAAUGCCCAAAUUUUGUCAAAGAGAAAAACAAAGAUGACCAUUCAGAAGGCAAAAAUGACGGUAGAGUCAAAACUUCUUCAUUUGUUUUUGAUGGGAAAAUCACCAAGUAUGCCUAUUUGGAUAGAGUUAAGGGGUCCAAUUUGAAAGAUGAAACCAUUGUUUUACUCACAGCACACAACAAAGCUUAUGUCACACAUGAUCAAGGUUCAUCUUGGGAGCAAAUUGCACCCGAUGAAGAGAUAUUGGACCUUUAUGUUAAUCCUUACAACACAAAUCAUAUUUAUUUGCUGUCAACAAACCAAAAAAUUAUUUAUUCUACCGAUAGGGCUGACAAUUGGAAAUUUUUUAGAACACCAGCAACUUUCAUUCCAGGUGUUCAACCUCUUCAAUUUCAUCCAAAGCAUAGUAACUGGUUGAUUUAUAUUGGACAACUGGGUUGUGAUAAUAUCUCACAUCAAGGUUCAUGUCGUACAGUGACAUAUUAUUCCAAGUCUUAUGGGAAAAGGUUUGCUAAGUUACACGAUCAUGUUAAGACUUGUCAAUAUAUAGGACAUUUGUUAGAGCCAACUGACGCCCAGUUGAUAAUUUGUGAAAGGGAAGAUAGCAAAAGCAGCGGGUUAAACUCUGAAUUGUUGGUCACCGAGGAUUUCUUCCAAAACACUAUUGUUCCAUUUGAUGAUGUUAUCGGGUUUGCUCGAGCUGAUGAUUAUUUAGUUGCCGCUACUGCUGAAGGAGAUGGGUCUUUGAGAGCUCAUGUUUCUGUUGAUGGUAAGCAUUGGACUGAUGCUCAUUUUCCAAAUAAUAUGAAGGUCUCAAAAGACCAAGCCUAUACCAUUUUAUCAGCUGCUUCACAUUCUAUAUUUAUGCAUGUCACUACAAAUACUAGAGCUGGAACUGAAUUUGGCCAUAUCCUAAAGUCCAACUCAAAUGGAACAUCAUAUGUUGUUACAGCGUCCAAUGUUAAUAGAAAUAGUGGGGGCUUUGUUGAUUUUGAACAACUAGCUGAUCUUGAAGGUAUUGCAAUUAUUAAUACAGUUAGUAAUGCGGAUGAUGCUAAAAGAGGUUCCAGAAAGGCAUUGAAAUCUAUGAUUACUCAUAAUGAUGGUGCUGAUUGGGACUACCUACAACCUCCAAGUGUUGAUUCAAAUGGGAAGAAAUAUGGAUGUACGGGUAGAUCUAUUAACGAGUGCUCGCUUCAUUUACAUGGGUUUACUGAAAGAGCUGACCCAAGGGAUACAUUCUCAUCAGGCUCAGCUAUUGGUAUGAUGAUUGGUGUUGGUAAUGUUGGUGAUAAAUUAGGUGCCUAUCUAGAUGGUUCCACCUUUUUAACUAGAGAUGGUGGUGUUACUUGGAAAGAAGUCAAGAAAGGUGUUUAUCAAUGGGAAUAUGGUGAUCAAGGGUCAAUAAUUGUCUUGGUUAAUGGUCAGGAUUCAACAAACACUAUUAGCUACUCUUUAGAUGAAGGUAAAUCUUGGUCAGACUAUCAAUUUACAGAUGAUCUCGUCAAAGUUAAUGAUAUCUCCACUGUUCCAUCCGAUGAUUCAAAAAAGUUUUUGUUAUUCACUAAGUUACCAUCUAAUAGAGGUGAUAAAUCAACUGUAUAUCAAGUUGACUUUUCACAGUUAUUAAAGAGAAAGUGUAACUUGGAUUUGAAAAACCCAGACACAGAUGAUUUUGAUCUAUGGAGCCCAAAGCAUCCACAUCAGCCAGACAACUGCUUAUUUGGUCAUGAGGCUCAAUAUUACAGAAAGAUAGCAGGAAAAGAUUGCUACAUUGGUGAAAAGUUGAGUGAACCUUUCCAGGUUCUCAGAAAUUGUCCUUGUAAUAGAGAAGAUUUCGAAUGUGAUUGGAACUAUGAGCGCGAUUCAAGUGGCCAGUGCAAACUUCUUGCAGGUUAUUCACCACCAGAUCAUUCAGAGGUUUGUAGAAAGCAAGGUAUUGAAGAAUAUUGGUUACCAACAGGCUAUAGACGUAUACCAUUAACAACAUGUGUGGGUGGACAAGAAUUUGAUAAGGUGGAAGUAUUACCUUGCCCUGGUAUGGAAGAAGAGUUUAGAGAACAUCAUGGUGGAUUAAAAGGGCUUUCAUUGUUCUUGGUCAUAAUCUUACCAAUUUUGGCUGCUGCUAGUGUGGUUUACUUUAUUUAUCACCGUUAUGUUGGAAUUUAUGGUCAAAUCAAGUUAGGUGAC